GAAGGCCCCGCCCAGACCUUGCGGUGACGUCACGAAAGGACAAACUGAUUUACCGCGAGGUCAUCCGGCCUCUCCGAACAGCCGGCUGCAGCGAAGCGGAGGCGCCAUCUUAAGAUACUGAGAUACGUAGCUCCGGCAGCAGACAGGACACCACCAUGUACCCGACUGCUCUGACGCAGCUGGCCCGGGGAAACCCGUUCAGCGCUCCCCUGUUCAGCCUCCAGAAAGUGGAAGAACCUCAACCAAAUCUUGCCGGACAAAGGACCCGCAGACUGGCAGCAGCCGCUACCGCAGACGAGGGAGACAGUUGUGAGUUCGGCUCUCAGAAGUAUUUCAUCUUGUGCGGCUUUGGUGGGAUUCUGAGCUGUGGCACCACGCACACAGCUGUCGUACCUCUCGAUCUGGUCAAAUGCAGAAUGCAGGUGAACCCAGACAAGUACAAAAGCAUUGGCAACGGGUUUUCAGUGACCGUGAGAGAAGAUGGUGUCAGAGGCCUGGCAAAGGGCUGGGCUCCCACCUUCAUCGGCUACUCCAUGCAGGGUCUGUGCAAGUUCGGCUUCUACGAGGUGUUCAAGGUCUUCUACAGUGACUUGUUGGGCGAGGAGAACACAUACCUGUGGAGGACAUCACUGUACCUGGCUGCCUCAGCCAGCGCAGAGUUCUUUGCAGAUAUCGCUCUGGCCCCCAUGGAGGCUGUCAAAGUCCGUAUUCAGACCCAGCCAGGCUACGCUAAUACCCUCAGACAGUGUGUCCCCAAGAUGUUUGCAGAGGAGGGACUCUGGGCUUUCUAUAAAGGUGUGGUGCCCCUGUGGAUGAGGCAGAUCCCCUACACCAUGAUGAAGUUUGCCUGCUUUGAGCGCACUGUAGAGACUCUCUACAAGUAUGUUGUUCCCAAGCCUCGUAGUGAGUGCACCAAAGCUGAGCAGCUGGUGGUCACCUUCGUGGCCGGUUAUAUUGCUGGUGUGUUCUGUGCCAUCGUGUCCCAUCCUGCUGACUCCGUGGUGUCUGUGCUGAACAAGGAGAGUGGCAGCACUGCUGUCCAGGUCCUCAAGAAACUGGGACCCAAAGGUGUGUGGAAGGGUCUGGUCGCCCGUAUCAUCAUGAUUGGUACUCUGACUGCCCUGCAGUGGUUCAUCUAUGACUCUGUCAAGGUCUACUUCCGUCUUCCCCGCCCCCCUCCCCCUGAGAUGCCAGAGUCCCUGAAGAAGAAGCUCGGCCUCACAGAGUAACUGUCCUCCAUUCCUCCACUGCGUUGCUUACUUCAGCUGUCACAUCUGAACCCCUGAAACUUCCAGAGCACACACGACAGUUUUCUAUAUUUAUGUCCCUGGGUCCUGCUGUACUGCACAGAGCACAGGGAUUCUACUACUAAUGUACAUGUAAAUACAGAAACCACAAGCUAGGAGAGAAGAUGGAUUCGUUGCUCUUGGCUUACCAAAAGUCCCCCUUCUGCCCCAUCUGGUUUUAUCAAGUCCUGUCAUUAGAAAGUAAUUGGAAAUUCAAAUAAAAGAAUUGAAUUCCAUGAUAA